CUACGCCCCCUCCCGCCGCCCCUCAGAGAUGCCGGGAAAGGGCGCCACUUAUGGGAAGAAUGUAUGACAACAUGUCCACAAUGGUGUAUCUAAAGGAAGACAAGUUGGAGAAACUCACUCAAGAUGAAAUUAUUUCUAAGACUAAGCAAGUGAUUCAAGGGCUAGAAGCUUUGAAGAAUGAGCACAAUUCCAUCUUACAGAGUUUACUGGAGACACUGAAGUGUUUGAAGAAAGAUGACGAAACAAAUUUGGUGGAAGAAAAAUCAAACAUGAUUCGCAAGUCUCUGGAAAUGCUGGAACUUGGACUCAGUGAAGCACAGGUAAUGAUGGCCUUGUCAAAUCACUUAAAUGCGGUGGAAUCAGAGAAGCAGAAAUUACGAGCUCAGGUUCGCAGGCUAUGCCAGGAAAAUCAAUGGCUAAGAGAUGAGCUAGCCAAUACCCAGCAGAAAUUACAAAAGAGUGAACAGUCAGUGGCUCAGCUGGAAGAAGAAAAGAAACACCUAGAAUUUAUGAAUCAGUUAAAAAAAUACGAUGAUGAUAUAUCUCCUUCAGAGGAUAAAGACACAGAUUCUACCAAAGAGCCACUGGAUGAUUUAUUCCCCAAUGAUGAAGAUGACCAAGGACAAGGGAUUCAACAACCACAUAGCAGUGCAGCAGCAGCUGCCCAGCAGGGUGGCUAUGAAAUCCCAGCAAGAUUAAGGACCCUUCAUAAUCUUGUCAUUCAGUAUGCUUCCCAAGGCAGAUAUGAAGUUGCUGUACCCCUCUGUAAACAAGCACUUGAAGACCUGGAGAAGACAUCAGGUCAUGAUCAUCCUGAUGUUGCCACUAUGUUGAAUAUACUUGCAUUGGUAUACAGGGACCAGAAUAAAUACAAAGAUGCAGCAAACUUACUGAAUGAUGCUUUGGCUAUUCGUGAAAAGACCUUGGGCAAAGAUCAUCCAGCGGUUGCAGCAACUUUAAACAAUCUUGCAGUGCUUUAUGGAAAAAGAGGAAAAUACAAGGAAGCUGAACCAUUAUGCAAGAGAGCAUUGGAAAUCAGAGAGAAGGUACUGGGAAAAGACCAUCCAGAUGUUGCCAAACAGUUAAAUAAUCUGGCCUUACUAUGUCAGAACCAGGGUAAAUAUGAAGAAGUGGAAUACUACUAUCAACGGGCACUUGAGAUCUACCAAACAAAACUGGGGCCGGAUGAUCCAAACGUAGCAAAAACCAAGAAUAAUUUGGCAUCCUGCUACUUGAAACAAGGCAAAUUUAAGCAAGCAGAAACUCUGUACAAAGAGAUCCUUACUCGUGCCCACGAAAGGGAAUUUGGCUCUGUGGAUGGUAAAUGCUUGUAUUAUGAAGAUGAAAAUAAACCGAUCUGGAUGCAUGCUGAAGAAAGAGAAGAAUGCAAAGGAAAGCAAAAAGAUGGCACUACUUUUGGUGAAUAUGGAGGCUGGUAUAAAGCUUGCAAAGUUGAUAGUCCAACAGUUACAACUACAUUAAAGAAUCUUGGAGCACUUUACAGACGCCAGGGCAAGUUUGAAGCUGCUGAAACAUUAGAAGAGGCAGCAAUGAGGUCUCGUAAACAGGGUCUUGAUAAUGUUCACAAACAGAGAGUUGCUGAAGUGCUCAAUGACCCAGAAAGUAUAGAGAGAAGGCGAAGCCGCGAGAGCCUCAAUGUCGACGUGGUAAAGUAUGAGAGUGGCCCUGACGGAGGAGAGGAAGAUGGUACUGGAUCUCUAAAACGCAGUGGCUCCUUUAGCAAACUUCGUGCUUCAAUUAGACGCAGCAGUGAGAAGUUGGUUAGAAAGCUGAAGGGAGGAAGUUCACGAGAGAGUGAACCAAAGAACCCCGGCAUGAAGCGUGCCAGCUCACUGAAUGUUCUUAACAUGGGUGGCAAGGCAACUGAAGAUCACUUUCAAGGACGAACUAAUUGUCUGACAGACUCAAGAGCUCUGAGUGCCAGUCACACUGAUUUGGCCCACUGAGGUUCUGGGACAGUUGCUAGCUAAACAAAAUUCCCUUGUGAAUUACAAAGCACUGAGGUUCAAAGUUUUGGGGUUCCCUGUUACGGUCUUUCUAGAACCAUCUAGGUUAGAGUUGUCAUUGAGAGGACUAUUGUUCCUAGGCCUUUUUAAAAUGUGACAUUAAAAAAAGGCUCCUAGAGAUUUGCUUCUUUGUCAAAUAUAGAGAUGGUUGCUGGAUACCCUGUGCUGACCCCUUGGACCCAAGUGGGAUUAGCACUGCCCACUAGCUCAAACCAGGAAUUUAGUUGCCUCCUGGAAACUUUUCAUGGGUGUUCCCGGAAGUUGGUUCAGUUUUCAAGUUCCUUCCUCUGGUAAUUCUCUCUGGGGUGUAUUGUUUAAGGCCCAAAUUUGUUCAUUCUCUCCUAUUUCGUCUCACCUGCUUUUUUGGCUGAGUUUCUUCUCUUUGGUGAUCAGAUCACCUUUCCUUGAUUCAGUUUUUAAAAUGCUCCUUUUUCUUUCUGCACCCCUUCCACCCUGUCUUACAAAGACUUCUCGUAAUUCUGGUCCAUUCCAGCCACGACCAGAGUAUUGGUGGCUGUCGUGUUAUGUUUACUUUCCUUGUGAUCUAAUUGCUACUUGGUGUGUGUGCUUCUGAACAUUAAACCAAUUAAGUUAAUGAAUUUUAAUGAUACAAUUACAUUGCAAUUGAUUGAAGCAGUAGCACUGGAGAUACACUCUCCACUUCCUGCUUUAAGGCUUGUUUUUUGUGCCUUUCACUUCAAUGCUUAUUGCGUACUUGGUUUCUAGAACCUCUCUCAGGCUUAUAUUUUCAAGGCCUGUUUCUCCUAAUCCUGCAGCCCCCACCAUGGAGUUUUCCCCUAUGAUCCUGCUUGGGAGCUCAGCCACAUUGACAUUUAAUUGGCCUCCAUGUUUUCCUAUCUCUCUGACUUUCUUGGUGUGCACGCUGAUGGUUACCUAAGGAUUCUUGGACGAAAUGCGUAGAAUUAAUUAGAUGAUUGGACCAAUGGAAAUUUUUAACUGAUUGUUUAAUUAAACUAUUCUGCAAAGUUAAUAGCACAAGAACUGGUCUACUGUACAGUUCACGCAGAAUUGGGAAGUUACUCAGUCUUUUAGACAACUCUUCUACCUUUCCUUUGGCCACUUCUCGUCAAGAGUGGCCUGAGUGAUGCUGAGAGAAGGGUGAUUCGGAUAGUGAGGAAGAGGCUUCUUCCACAGUGAUGGAGUGGUCUUGUGCCAAAUAUAAACUCACUCUCUGUGAGCAUCAGGGGAUCAUCCUACCAACUGUUGCCCACCCCCCUCAUUCCACAGAGAGGGCACGACACUCUUUGAGUGUAUUCAGAGCCUUAAGAGCUGUUGCCAAAACUCAUCUAUUUAGACCGACUUCUUACUCGCUUUCUUCCUCCCCAUGAAGCUUGAAGCUGAGCUAUGAAGUCUUCUCCCCCUGCCCUCGCCAGGUGGAUUAAGGCUUCCAUAUCUAUGGCUUAUGACAGCCAAAGGUUCAGGGUGCCAAAACACAACACAGUUCCAAUUAAACAGGGGCCGCAGCAGCCUUUUCAGCAAAUGCUCUGCCGCUGGAUAUCUCCUACAUGGGCCAGUCCAAAAACAUCUACACCACACUUCAAAAUGGACCACAACUAUUGUGGCCUUUGGACAGCAGCUACUUCAGCGUGUGCUCCCUCUUUCUUAGACAUCCCUUACCACCUUAGACACGAUCACCUUUUGAACAUCCCAUUGGGGUCCAGAAGGCCAGCAUGGGAGAUAGGUCCACUGCACUCACCAGAAAGGUAAUGGCAUCUUGGACCCAGGGCCCAUGCCCUACUGUGUGGCUGGCAUGCCUGGGAAGUUCAGGAAGAUCAUUGGCACACACCACCUUAAUAAUCACACUGUCUUUACCCCUGACCUAUCCUUAGUUACGGCUUUUAUCUUAGCUUGGCAAAACUGCAAACUGAAGCCGCUUUCGGGAGCACCAACCACAAAAGUUCCUAGGAGGCAACUAAAUUCCUGCCUCAAGCUAGUGGCCAAUGCUAAUCCCACCUGGGUGGCACAGAUAUACACCUGUCAGGUGAGUCCAGUCAUUCUACAAAGCUGUGUUACAGAUCUCCCUGUUGCAGCCUCCAAAAGCAAGGGGGAAAUGUACCCCAAUGAAAAUGUACUGAAAUCUAAAGGAGUGCAAAUGUAUCCUUGGGGCAUGCUGUUUUUAAAGCUGUUAAGGGGAUAGUGUGUUGGACUAUUUAUAAUGUUGAUGGAAUGACUGAGAGCUGAAUUAAGUUUAUCACUGUAUUAAACCAGGAUUGUGUACAGUUAGCCUUGCACCAUCAGCUAUCAGAAUUUGCAGAGUACGUCUGACUAGUGAUUGGGCUUCAAGGUUCUUUAAUAAGUAAAAGAAAAUACUAGUGGAAUAGAGAAGCUCUAAGACAGUACUUCAGCAUGGUGGUUGCAGCCUUUUGGGGCCUAAAAAUGAGUGGAAAGAGGUGCAAUUAUUUUUAAACUGAGAGGGGAGAACACAAGGAAUAGGCUGGUUGGGAAGCCAACCACCUUUUGAGUCUUUCCAGUCACGCAGAGCACUCCUGUUUUCUCCAAGAUGGAAAUACUGUUACUGUUGUCUCUUGAGUUUCAAACUUCUGCCACUGCUCAGAAUGGGAACAGGAGGAAACUGAAGCAUAUUGGACUGUUACACUGUGAAGCAGCUGCUGUGGAUAGGGGCCUUGUUGGAAAUUUGCUACUAAUAAUGUCAAAGUUGUACUGGAUAGCUGCUACUGGCAGGCUGUUUGUUUAUUAAUAAUCUAAUUGCCUGAUAUACUUUGUGGGUGAUGCACUGUCUAUUCUCAGGGGACCAACUUGGGAAGAGGAAACGCUUCAGCAUUUUGGUUUUACAGUCAGUCUAAUAAAAUGCGUAUAAUUUUCAA